AGUGCAAACUGCUGAUAAGGGAAGUCUGCAGGGACUUGUAGGCACAGCUGAUUUUUUGAACCUCUAGGAAAUGCAUUUACCACGGAGAAGGCUGCUACACUGGAAAAGAAUCUCCUUCUUGCUUGCCAUAGUGUUGCUCCUCUCUCUCUAUCAGCUCCAGCUCAGCCCCUCUGCCCUUCAGGCACCACACAGAGCCCCCCAGCCUCUGGGCCCUGUCAAAGUGACCUCCAGAGACCUCUCCAGCAACAAGACUGCCACGACAGGCAACAUCACAGCAGCACCCCAAAUAAAGCACUGUGUGUACGUGAAUCCUGAGCCCUCUGUGCCCAUCACAACAUCACUGGAUUCAACACCACAGAGAGAAAAUGGCAGUGAAAGCUACCCAGAGGGAAAGCCACCCCAUGAAUCCAAAGGAGAGUAUCCCAAGGACCUGUUCAGUGUGGAAGAACGCAGGCAAGGGUGGGUUGUCCUUCACAUCUUUGGCAUGAUGUAUGUGUUUGUGGCCUUGGCCAUAGUGUGUGAUGAGUAUUUUGUCCCUGCUUUGGGAGUGAUCACAGAGAAGCUGGGGAUCUCUGAAGACGUGGCUGGAGCCACCUUCAUGGCAGCAGGUGGAUCAGCACCAGAACUCUUCACCUCCCUCAUAGGCGUCUUCAUCUCACACAGCAACGUGGGCAUCGGUACCAUUGUGGGCUCAGCAGUGUUUAACAUCCUCUUUGUCAUUGGCACCUGUGCCCUCUUCUCCAGGGAGAUUCUCCACCUGACAUGGUGGCCCCUGUUUAGAGACAUCUCCUUCUACAUUGUAGACUUACUGAUGCUCAUCCUGUUUUUCCUAGACAGUGUCAUCGACUGGUGGGAAAGCCUCCUUUUACUGACUGCCUAUGCCACCUAUGUGUUCACUAUGAAACACAACGUGUCCCUGGAGCAAUGGGUGAAGCAGGAGCUGAGCAAGAAGCUAAAUGCUGUGCAGGCAACACCAGCAGAGCACAUGAGGAAGAGGAGCAGUGGGGCAGCUGCAGCUGAUGGAACAAAGAAGGCAGCAGAUGGGAAGAAGCUGGAGCCUCCAGCAGCCUUACAGAGAGGCAGCAGCUCAGCCUCCCUACACAACACCCAAAUGCGCAGCACCAUCUUCCAGCUCAUGAUCCACACCCUGGACCCCCUGACAGAAGCAAAAUUUAAAGACAGAGUGGACAUUCUGAGCACCAUAGCCAAGGCCAAAGUAGAGGCUCCGAAUGGACAAGGAUCAAAACCAGAAGCAGAAGAGGAGAAGGCGGCAUCCAGCAGCAUUCAGGUAACUCCUGCCAGUGACUCUGAGCUCAGCAAACAGAAGGCAGACACAGCACAGGAUGGACAGCCCUCUUCAGGCAGUGGUACCUCAGAAGACAGCAGCUCUGAGGAAGACAGUGAUGAUGACAGCACAGAUGAUGAUGAAAACGAUGAGCCAUUAUCUCUUGAAUGGCCAGAAACUAGGAAAAAACAAGCCAUUUACCUUUUCCUCUUUCCCAUUGUCUUCCCUCUCUGGAGCACUAUACCUGAUGUCAGAAACCCAGAUUCAAAAAAACUCUAUGUCAUCACGUUUUUUGGAGCCAUCAUCUGGAUUGCUGUGUUCUCUUACCUCAUGGUGUGGUGGGCUCACCAGGUUGGUGAAACAAUUGGGAUCUCUGAGGAAAUCAUGGGGUUGACCAUAUUGGCAGCAGGAACCUCAAUCCCUGACCUCAUCACCAGUGUCAUUGUAGCACGGAAAGGCUUAGGUGACAUGGCUGUCUCCAGUUCUGUAGGCAGCAACAUCUUUGAUAUCACUGUUGGUUUGCCUGUUCCUUGGUUCCUCUAUUCUGUCAUCAAUGGCCUCAGUCCAGUUGCAGUCAGUAGCAAUGGUUUGUUUUGUGCAAUUGUUCUCCUUUUUCUCAUGCUCCUAUUUGUGAUUAUCUCAAUAGCUGCAUGUAAAUGGAAAAUGAACAAACUGCUGGGGCUCACUAUGUUUGGUCUUUAUUUUGUGUUUUUGAUCAUCAGUGUGAUGUUAGAAGACAAGAUAAUAUCCUGCCCAGUGUCUGUAUGACAUCUGGACACUUCAAUAUCUAUGUAAGCAUACAUCGAAAUCAAAAGGAGUUUAAGGUAGCAGCAAUUGUUCUACUGAAAAAAAGCAACCAGAAUUGUAACAAUCUGAGAACAACACAUCUUUAACAUUCUAAACAAAUAAAUCUCAAGUGGUUUCAUGGUCUCUACUGCUUUUCUUCAGUAUCAGAAAAGAUCAGAUAAUGAUUUCACCAAUAUAACACAUGUUCAGUUAUUCAGGGAAAGGCUGAAAGAGAUGCACAAAUUUUUAACUGUGACUGAUCCCCUCAAGUUAAUAGAGCUGUCUGAUAUUCAGCACAGAAUGUUUCCUCACUGUAGUGAUGUUUUCAGCAACACCCUCUAGUACACUGCUCACUGCAGUCAAUGAACUGGAGCUCAGUGGGAACAAUCAUCCCUGGAGCAGUGGGAACUGCUCAUCCUUGCAGCACUUCUCUGCUUCAAGUCCUCUGGAUACAGAUUCUGCACCUCAGAAGUGCACAAAAGCAGUGAGCAGAGUUUGCUGCACUUGUUUGCCACAGCUUCCCUGGGCAGAGGUACUUUUCAUCCUUUCCCAAAUGCCACAGUAACACACCCAUAGCUGGCACUCUGCAGACACCUGCACACAGAGUCUGUGACAUGCUGCAGAGGAAAAGCUGCUUGCCAACCCUCUUAGGGCUGUGGAAAAUUUCCUAAUAAGGUUUUCAGGAAAAAAACAAAGCAGGAAAAGUUGUUUCCACACAGCUUGAGUACCACAGCAUCCUGAAAGCUAUUCAUACAGCUCCUUAAGCUGGAUCUGAUCUUGCAAUAUAACCACUAAAAUUUACCUCAAGUGCCACCAACACAAGUGUGAAGUCAUCUUUCUUGACAUCUGAUUGCAACAACACUAAACAGAUCAGGGGUUACAGAACCACAUUACCACUAAUAAAAACUAAAACCAGGAGUCAGAAACACAACAGGAAGUUCAACUGCUUUUGUUUUCAUCAUGACACUAACCUGAGACUUAAAGAUUAUUGUAACCAGCACUAAUUCUUGUUGUUAGCACUGUCUUCCACAUAACCACAACUGCCACAGACAUAAACUAUCAACAACCAACGUUGUUAAGACUUGCAGAUUUUUCUGUCAUUCUAAUCCACCUGAAGAAAUUGUAAUAAAAAUAACCAGAAAGAUUUAAGCUUUUUAUUGACUCACUGUAAAACUUCUUUUUUUGGGGGAUGAGACAGAAAAAAAAUUAACAUUGUGAACACUGACUUGCAUAUUUCAAAGGAACUACAAACCAAAGCAAACAUCCAACACACUGGGUUUUUUUGGUAAAUAAAAUUUAAACAUUACAUAUUUACAAAUCUACAACCAUUCAUUUAAAAAGUGCUGCUUGCAGACUAACAAAGUACCAUUUUUAAAUCCCAGUGAGAUAAUACCCAGAAAUACCCCUCUCUAUUAUUACUAUUUGCAUCUCCCAUUUGUUAUACAAACAUUUUACAUGCAGGUAUUUCCUCUUUCUUGGGGUAUAAAUCAUUUGAUUUGCCAGUGGAAGUCUAAUUCAUCAGGCUCUAACUGUAUCAAGAGUAAAACCUCAAACAGUGAGCAGUGUCAGAGAAACAGCACAACUUCUAUUCACAUUUCAGUAUUUCAUCUCCAAGAAUUAUUCCAGUAGAACCAUAAGUAAAGCAAAAUAUAUAUUGCACUGCAAAUGUAAAACCUCGGCUGCAGGUUUUUGACAUAAGCACUAUUUAGUACACAAAAGAAGAAAAUUCAGUUCAUACAAAAUUUUAAAUUGAAAAUAUGUCUCAAAUCUUUUAUUUAUCCAUCUUUACGGUACUGGAAAAUAUACUCAAAUUGCUUUGCUAAUAAAGGACAGUGAGAUUCCAAAACUGUUUCAACACUGAUUUCUAUGAUUCUUAAAAAUCAUCCACCUCAGGACUUCUGUUUUGAACAUUAUUAUGACCUGAAUGAGGAAAAUUUCCCACUGAAAGUAUAUCACUAUCCUGGCUAUAUUUUAUUAUAGUAUUUCUACAGUGGACUGACUUGCAACAGACUUUAUAAAACAAUUUGUUACGUGUCAUGAUUUCACUUGAUGAACUGCUGGGUGAUAGAGUAAUGGGAAAGCACUCCCAAAUCAACACCAGCAACACUUCAGGAGUGCCACUCUGGGGAUGCAAGAACACAGUGAGAUUGUUUGCCCGAGGGAUGCACAACCAAUCCUUUUCCUGUUACUGUACACACCCUCCUGGUAACACUGGAUUGUUGAGAUGGGAACAAAGUGGCAAACUUGUUGGUUUUAAAGUCUGGAGACAGUUGGAAGUACUUACAAUUAAGGUAGGAUUAGAGUGGGGAAGUGGCCAUGCAGCACAAGUGCUGCUGCCAGCACAGAGUUUGCAGUGUUACCUCCUGGGCAGGGAGAGGUGGUCAGAGAGCGGGCUCAGGCGCUUCUGUCAGGCUCAAGGGGAAGCCUGAAGCUUCAUUGCUCAGCACCUCUAACACACCACAGCAGCUCUGGAAAAAGCACUUGCUCUCCUUCAUGGCUUGAAGGUCCUAUAUAAAAGAGUGGCUGCCCCAAAGGGUCAGUGACAUGGGAAACAGAACUGCAAAGAGCUGGGGACACGACCCCAUACACAGCACGGAGAUGGGUGAGGUUACACAGGCAGCAACUACUGGGUGCAACUUGCUUGGUAAAUACAGAGUAGGUACUGCACAGAGCAGAGCAGACAUGCACACUAAUUGCUAUGUUCAAUGAGUUUGUUAAAAAAAUAACCUGAUGUUUUUCACAAUAGCUCAGAAGAAUGAAGGGGGGGAUGUGUCCACCCUACACUGAUACACUGUUUACCACCUACCUGGGUUAAAAAAUAGGAGCUUAUAGUUCAUGCAUGAGGAAUACUUUACAAGCGAGGCAGCACAAGAGAGACCAUCACAAAUCAUUAUAAUAAAUUAAAUGUGAAAAAGCUUGGCAAGUGUAGCACUGCUAGCUCCACUGCAGGGUGGGGGGAUACUUCCAAAAAGGUCAGCUACAUCAUAAGCAGUGAAUUAGAGAAGAAGUAUUACCCAAUGAAAGCUGUAUCCAACAAGACUGCAUCUUGCAAUUAGCAUCAGUAUAUACCUGCAGCUCUAUGAGUUUUAUAUCUUUUCUCCUUAGGGCAACAUCUUGCUACUUCACAGAGGUCUGGGAGGAGGUUACAGAGAGCUCCAUAGCAGCAUUACUUCUCAUUUAAGCCUCUAAGAGGCUCACUCUAUUUCAUUUAAUAAAGUAAACAUGAGCUUUACAGUUUAUCUCCUUUCUGUCUAACUAAAUAUUGCUGUAUUACUAUACUUGCAAACUAAACAGAUUUAAAAAAAUACCUGCUGGUAGGCAGGCAGAGAUAUAAAACCCAAUGUAACAGCCAAAUAUUUAUAAGUAUUAUAAUAUAGCAACCACUAAAGAAGUUAGAAUUGGAAAACCAUAAUUAUUACUUAAAAAUAAAGGUAUUUCUUAUAGCAUGACUUAAUUUGUUGAGGGUGUUUUAUACCAUUCAAUGUCUGUUUUCCCACCUCCAUACAAGACUUCUGAUGUUUUCUCUGUAGCCCACCUUCUGGGGAGGAGUUGCUAUGUGACUGAGAGCACAGAACAUUUAAAAAAAAAUCUCUAGAACAAGAAAAUAUGAGUCAAAAGCCAUGACUCCACCACAAGGACUGACACAAACUUUGUCUUCACAGAAAAAAAAAAA